AUGAAAAUCUUAAAUCUAGGUCCAUUGGCUGAUCCUCAUACUCAACCGCCAGCACAGACACCUACCACACCCAUUGUGAGCAAUGCAGGGGCCAUAGGGUGUGACUACAGUCCCGCUUCUUCUGAGACGAGCGGCACUUUGGCUGUAAUGGACACUCAGUUUAGCGGAAUGGGUAUCACAAGUCCACAGCCAUUCAGUCCCAGUCCUGACCACGACUUUAACGCAAUCCUUUGCAAACAGUGGGGCCGAGAGCUCGCGGCCAAUCAGAACCCACUCCUUAUGAUCAAUUGCCGGAGUCGAGUGCCAGUGGCGGCCGACUGCCAGCUCAUCAGUACCCAUACAGAGGUUGCAUAA